AUGAGUGCAAAGACGUCGGACGCAAGCGGGAUCGACUGGGACGUUCACGCCCCGCCAGACUCGCCGUUCAUCAGCGACCCGGCGCUGGCGGAGGGACUCGCAAUUCCCACGGCGUACGUGCGGCGUAUGGAAGAGGCGCAGCGCCUGUACGCCGUCCAUGAUGCCCAGCAGGGGAUGCUCAGCUAUGCCUACAAGCGUGCCACGUGGGCGGUUGGCAUGCAGUGUGGGUGGCUCGGCGUCGGCGGGUGGCUGGCGGUGCGCGGCUACCGUUACGCCGACCCCGUGCAGUCCCUCGCAAGCGGGUUCACGUCGAACCGCGUGCUGUGUCGUGCCUGCACUCCGCUGGCAAUGCUUGGCAUAACGAUGUUCACCGUGACAGCGGUGCAGCUGCCGUCAGACGUGCAAAGGCUCCUCGCGGCGCGGGAGGCGUGGAGCGCGGAGGAGCUGCAGAAGGCGUCGGCGUUGGCUAUGCGCAUGGAGGCGUACUGCGAAGGGCAGGCGGCGAUGGACCAGCUGAAGGGGGAGGAGAGCCGCGCAUUUGAGGCGGGCAUGGCGGAAACCGCAAAGACAUCGAAGUAA